UAAAAAGCGACAAUCUUCAGAGUACAGUGCACUAUUAUCGUCGUCCAACAGCAGUUGUAGUUGGUACCUAACUGCAACGACUCGACAGGCGAUCGAACACGGUGACGGGCCAAGUGUAACGAUGGCUACCACUAUGUUUCAAGCAGUCGUCCUAGGGCUUUUCAUUGCAUCCAGUGCAUUCGCAGACGUCAUACACCUUAAGAACGUCAAACCAUGCCAUCAUAAUACGCAAACCCAGAACACAAACGACUAUGGCAAUCUUGCGUCCGCAUCCGGCGAUCACGCGAAUGUGGCAUAUUCACAUCCACCCGCGUUCUCGUUCGGCGCUAAGUCUUUCGGUAUCUCAUCUACCUCGACUCCAUUUGCGUACGGUACCCAACCAACGAUUGCUCCAUUCGUGUUCAAAUCACUACAGUACACCCCUGCACCAUUCGCGUACAGAAGUUCGUACUCCGCACCUGGUUCAUUCUCGUACGGUACGCAACCCACUCCAGCUCCGUUUCAGUUCAGUUCACUUCGGUCUACUCCUGCCCCGUUGACAUACAACGGAGCAUCGUUUGCACCAGAGGACUCAUUCAAGUCAAUUGCCACGUUCUACUCUCAGUCCACUCCUGCAACAUUCGGGAUCGAAUCCCAUUCCACUCCUGCACCAUUUGUUUCAACCUCUUCACCAGUGGUUUCAGUCAAGUCCCACGGUACUAUUGGAUCUCAGCCCACUUCUGCCCCUUUUGAAUACAGCACUUCAUCCACCACUCCUGCCCCUUUCGAAUAUGGCACUUCAUCCUCGUCAGCGGAAGACUCAUUCAAAGCCGUCACCACGUCCUACACGUCGACUCCUGUCCCAUUCGCGGUUGAAUCUCCGUCCACAGCCAUACCACUCGCAUUUAGUGGUUUAUCUGGCGCAGCUGCAGAGGGUUCAUUUAAAUCCAUUAACACAUUUGGAUCUCAUUCCAUUCCUGCCCCAUACUCGUACUCGCAGGGAAGCGCCUUCGCCCAGUAUGGAGGUCACUCUGCACCGUCUCCAGCUCACGAAAUCACCAUCAGUCGUGAAAUACCAGUACCAUAUUAUGUCCAAAUCGAGAAGCGCAUCCCGUACCCAGUGCUGGUGCACAUCCCACACCCAUACCAAGUGACCGUCGAGAAGCACGUUCCAUACGCGGUUCGAGUGAACGUCGACCGCGCUGUACCAGUGCCAAGCCCAUAUCCGGUUGAGGUAGAGAAACGUGUCCCGUACCCGGUAGAAAAACCGGUGCCGUAUGAAGUUCGCGUACCCGUCGAUCGGCCAUAUCCCGUGAGCGUACCAUAUGAGAAACCAGUGCCAUACGCAGUCGAAAAACCGGUACCUUAUCCAGUCCGAGUCAACGUCGACCGUCCGUAUCCAGUCGAUAAACCUGUGCCGUACCCUGUUCCUGUCGAACGCCCCGUGCCAUAUGCUGUCGAGAAGCCUGUUCCGUAUCCAGUCGAAAAGCCAGUGCCAUAUGCUGUCGAGAAGCAGGUCCCGUACCCAGUUAAGUAUGAGGUGCCGGUAAAUGUGCCGGUCCCUGUUGAGGUCAAGGUACCCGUCAACGUCGACAGGCCAGUGCCAUAUCCUGUUGAAAAGAAGGUUCCGUACCCUGUCGCCGUUCCGUACGAGGUUAAGGUUCCUGUGCCCGUUCAAACACCAGCUCAACGUUUCGCCACCGUCCACUACUAUCAACAGUCACCGAUCGUCGUGCAGCCAGAAUCGUACAAGUCAUACACUUCCGGAUCGACCGCAGCUCCGGCCAUCAACAAUAACUUUGUUCAAUCUUCGUUCGUGUCUGGAUCUGGACAAGCUGGAUCUGAUUACGUUUCACCAGAUUACACAAAAUCUGACUACGCUGGAUCGAGCCUAGUUCAAGACAGUGGAUCGUACGGUUUGAACCAACAGUCGUUUUACCAGUCCACAACUCCCGUCCCGUCUUCGACAAUUGGAUACACAGCAUCAUCGUCAUCUUCACCUCAGUACGAACCUUCCAACUUUGAUUCCAUAGCUCAACAAGUUGCUUCAAUUGCAGGAUCCGGGCAGGCUGAAUCUGACUACACAAAAUCUAACUACGCCGGAUCGGGCCUAGUCCAGGAGAGUGAAUCGUAUGGCUUAAACCAACAGUCGUUCUACGGGUCCACAACCCCCGCUCCGUCUUCGACAGCUGGAUACACAGCAUCGUCUUCUUCACCUCAGUACGAAUCACCUGACUUUAAUUCAGUAGUCCAACAAUUUGCUUCCAUUGCCGGGUCCGGACAGGCUGGAUCUGAUUACGCUGUAUCUGACUACACAAAAUCUAACUACGCCGGAUCUGGCUUAGCUCAGGAUAGUGGCUCGUACAGUUUCGGUCAACAGUCGUUCUAUGGAUCCAAAACUCCUGUUUUAUCUUCGAAUGCUGUAUACACAGAAUCGUCAUCUUCACCUCAGUUCGAAUCAUCCAACACUGAUUCACUAGACCAGCAAGUUGUUUCCAUUGGAGGGUCCAAGAAAACUGGAUCUGAUAAUGCUGGAUCUGGCUACAGAUCUAACUUUGCAGGAUCAAGCCAAGCCCAGGAGAGUGGCUCGUACAGUUUCGGCCAACGGCUGCCUUACGGUUCCAAAAUUCCUGUUUCAUCUUCGAAAGCUGGAUACACAAAAGCUUCGUCUCCACCUCAGUACCAACCAUCCAAUUUUGAUUCAGUAAACCGACAAAUUGAAUCCGUUGGGGGGUCUACCGCCACUGAUUCCAACCAAACCGAUCUUCUUGAUGUCGGCAAAAAAUAGAUCUUCAAACUGUUUUCAUUACGACAAUGUCAUAUUUACUUUUCAUAAAAGCUAUACUAUAUGUAUAUAUUUUAUAAUUAUAUUUUAAUAAAACACUUUACCUGUACAAUAAGUAU